AUGCAACGAGAUUUUAAUCAUAAUGAUGGUAAUAAUGAAAUAUUAAGAACUAGUAUAACUGAUUGUAAUUCAUCUAAAGCAAUCUGUUCAAGUACACGGCCAAGUAAAGAUCGUGAUUUCAUUAAGUAUUCUACAAAAAGGCUUUCAAGAUCUAAAACACCACCAAAUUUGCAUUCAGUUGUUGCAGAUCGAAAACGACGAUGUGCCGAUAAAGAAAAAAUUGGCACUAGCCGAAACGAUUUAAAUUUUCGUCGAGAUGGAAGGCGAAGCAAUCAUCAGGGGCACCAUAAAACUGAAUCAAGAUCUUUAAGUUUCGAUAAUCGUUCGUCAAUCAUCAUUAAACAUGGGAGAAAUAUUGCGUCGAGUAGUUCUCACAAAAUAUAUUCAUCAUCAUCAUCAUCAUCCUCAUCAUCAGUAGCAGCAGCAAAAAUAACGACAACAUCAAAUCAUGAGCAUCAGAAGAAAGAUUCUCGGCCAUAUCGAAGUCAUCAUCGUGUCGUAACAGGUUUAGCGCCUGUAUCUUCUCAUGACCGUUAUAUUUAUCGGCCUAUAGGAUCAACUCCUAAGAUAGGAGAAAUAUACAUCAUUCGACAGAGUAUCGAUAAGUUGUUUGGAUUGGUGGCGAGAAGAUCGAAAUCUUACGAAGACUUGGAUGAUUCUAAAUCAUCGUCCGUAUCACUAUCAUCCACGGAAACGAAAAAUGAAAGACCGAAACCGAGACCAUGUUUAGUAUGGAACGACAAUCCAAUUGAAGUGUUGUUGAUGACAACAUUUGAUAGAGCGGAUGUUACGGAUCCCAAUUUUGAGUAUGGACCAUUCUCAAUGGAUUAUAUUCGACGUCAUCUAUUAUGUAUUCAUCCAAGAAAAGAAUUUGAUGAUCGACGAUCAAUCAAGUCAAAUGCAAAACAUAAUCGAGCUCUCACCAUUCAGGAUGAAUAUCUCAUAUUGAUUCCUGUAUUAAUUGACAAGGAUACAGAAUUCCGUAAAUUAGUUCCAGAGUAUUUCGAUCAAGAUGACCUGGAUUAUAUCAAUACAAUUAUAUUCGAUUUAUCACUUGAAAGAAAACAACGUCAAACAGCUACAAUUCGUAAAAUAAAUUUUGACGUACUAUUGAAAAAUAAUAAAGAUGGUGACAAUGAUGAUUCAUUACCAACAACGAGAAGCUAUGUUUUGGACAAGUAUAUGUCGUCACCAUUAUCACCAUUAGAAAAAAUCAACACGGUGGAAAAUAAGAGUUUUACACCUGAAAUAAGUUUAAUUGGAAGCAAUAGUGAUCAUGAUCAUGAUGAUGAUGAACAGAUGAUAUUUAUAUUGAACGAAACUGGUGAACCAUUAUCAAUUCAGAAUCUCAUUGGUUUCAAAAUUCCUACAUCAUCGACACCAGUUAAUAUAAUACAACAUGAAUAUGUUUUAUUAAUUGCAUCAAAUGAAAAUCAACUAGAUGCUGGCCUUUCAACUAAUCAAAUAGAAGAUUCUCAAAAGAAACAAAAGAUUGACUUUAAGAUUGAAAAUCGUAUUAUAACUAUGAACCUGAAUGGCAUUUGCAAACGUGUGUUUGAUAUAGCAUUAUCGUCUGAUUCCCAUUGGCCAAUCCAAAUACUUUGUGAUACUCAAAUUCACAAUGAUAAACUAUGUUUAACUUUAAGUUCAAUUGUAAAAAUCAAUAAUAAUACAACAAGCGGGUUACUUAUUUUAAAUCUUGAUCGAAUGGAUGCCAGACAAUCUCGUACAAUUGCAAAAAUUGGUGCCGAUGACGAAUAUUACGUACCCAUUGCAUCACUUUAUAAAGAUUCUAGUCAAACAAUAUGUAUUGGUAUUGAUGAAAAUGAGAAUGAAGACGUUUUUUCUUUUGAUUGGGUUCAAGACUUUCCUCAAGAAAGAAAAUUAAAAUUAAAAAAUGGAAAUGAAUUAUGUUUCAUAAUUUACAAAGAAAGUAGUGAAGCGUAUUUGGAAAAUACUAAUCGACUUGAUCGAACUACUUUUACCUUUUCAAUUCAUUUGAUGCAGCGUAUAUAA